AUGGAUCAAGCGGAUCUUUAUGAUGAAUUUGGAAAUUAUGUCGGUCCCGAACUUGAAUCGGACGAGGAUGAAGAAGAAGAAAGUGGCUAUAGACAAGAACUCGUUGGAGUUGAUCAAACUAGUGAUAUGGUAGAAGAUGAACCUGCUGAUGAACCCAUUGAUAUUUCUGAAUCAGCGUCGUCUACAGCGAUUGUUCUGCAUGAAGAUAAAAAAUAUUAUCCAAGCGCCGAAGAAAUAUAUGGUCCGGACGUUGAAACUGUUGUACAAGAGGAAGAUACACAAGCACUGACUGAACCGAUUAUUGCACCUGUAAAAAAAGCAAAAUUCUCGUUUGUCGAACAAGAAAUACCAGAAACAACAUAUGAACUUGAGUAUCUGGCUGAUUUAAUGGAUUGUCCAGAACUUGUUCGAAAUGUUGCUGUAUGCGGUCAUUUACAUCAUGGAAAGACAACAUUUUGUGACUCGCUUAUCGAACAAACACAUCCUUAUUUAUCGUCAACAGAAAAUAAAGAAUUAAGAUAUACUGAUACAUUAUUUACUGAACAAGAACGAGGUGUUUCCAUUAAAUCGACACCGUUUACAAUUUUAUUACCAGAUUUAAAAGACAAAAAUUUUUUGUUGAAUAUUAUGGAUACACCAGGUCAUGUAAACUUUUCAGAUGAAGUUACAGCCGCAUUUCGUAUUUCUGAUGGUAUAGUUUUGUUUGUCGAUGCACAUGAAGGAGUUAUGCUCAACACUGAUCGUCUAAUAAAACAUGCUCUACAAGAACGUUUAGCUAUUACAUUAUGUAUUAAUAAAAUCGAUCGUUUGGUCUUGGAAUUAAAAUUACCACCACAGGACGCUUAUUACAAAAUAAAGCAUAUCAUCGAUGAAAUAAAUGGUUUAAUCAAAACAUAUUCUGAAGAUGAAACAAAAGCGCCAUAUGUUUCUCCAUUGUUAAACAAUGUGUGUUUUGCAAGUUCUUAUUAUCGUUUCUGUUUUACAUUGAAAUCUUUUGCCAAAAUUUAUGCGGAUACACACGGCAAUUCAUUCGAUUACAUCGCUUUAGCAAAACGUUUUUGGGGUGAUAUGUAUUAUAAUCCAAAGAUAAUCUGCGUAUUUUCUAGCCGGACGUUUGGGAAAAAAGCAGCAUCGCCAAAUUCGUCAAGAUCGUUCGUUCAAUUUAUACUAGAACCAAUGUACAAAAUUCUUGCACAUGUUGUUGGUGAUGUUGAUAACACACUACCCGGUUUAUUAGAUGAACUGGGUAUUCGUUUAACAAAAACUGAAUUAAAAUUAAAUAUUCGUCAAUUAUUAAGACUUGUGUGUGCAAGAUUUUUUGGUGAAUUUAAAGGAUUUACUGAUAUGAUCGUUGAACAUGUACCAUCACCAGUGGCAAAUGCACGAAAUAAAGUUGAACAUACAUAUACUGGAAGUAUGCAAGAAGACAUUGUACAAGAUAUGUGUAACUGCAAUCCAGAUGCACCGUUAGUUCUUCAUACAACAAAAAAUUAUUCGACAUCCGAUGCAACGAGUUUUCAUGUUCUUGGACGCAUAUUUUCUGGCACAUUAAAAUCUGGACAAGAAGUUCGUAUAUUGGGUGAAAAUUAUAGUUUAAAAGAUCAAGAAGAUUCCUUUACGUGUACUGUUGGAAGAUUAUGGAUAUUUAAUGCUAGAUAUCGUAUUGAACUGAGUCGAAUACCAGCUGGAAAUUGGGUAUUAAUCGAAGGAAUUGAUCAAUCCAUAGUCAAAACAUCGACAAUUGUUGAAAAUACGAAAUUUGGCGGUAAACGACCGAAUGUAACAGAUAUUGAUGACGUGCAAAUUUUUCGUGCAUUGAAAUUUAAUACCAGUUCGGUGAUUAAAAUAGCUGUUGAGCCCGUAAAUCCAUCUGAGUUGCCAAAAAUGUUGGACGGUUUAAGAAAAGUGAAUAAAAGCUAUCCAUUAUUAGGAACAAAAGUGGAAGAAUCUGGAGAACACAUAAUACUUGGUACCGGUGAACUUUAUCUUGAUUGUGUAAUGCAUGAUUUACGUCGAAUGUAUUCUGAAAUCGAAAUUAAAGUAGCUGAUCCGGUUGUGACGUUCUGUGAAACAGUUGUUGAAACAUCGUCAUUAAAAUGUUUUGCUGAAACACCAAAUAAAAAGAAUAAAUUGACAAUGAUUGCUGAGCCGCUCGAAAAGGGUUUAGCAGAAGAUAUUGAAAAUGAAGCUGUCCAAAUAAAUUGGAAUAAAAAACGUCUCGGUGAAUUUUUCCAAAAUCGUUACGAAUGGGAUUUAUUAGCUGCACGUUCUAUAUGGGCUUUUGGACCAGAUUUAAAUGGCCCAAAUAUUUUAGUUGAUGAUACGUUGCCAUUGGAAGUUAACAAAGCCUUGUUGACAUCUGAACCGGUUAAAGAAUCAAUUGUACAAGGUUUUCAAUGGGCAACACGUGAGGGUCCACUAUGCGAUGAACCUAUUCGUAACGUUAAGUUUAAAAUUUUGGAUGCAUCGAUUGCCCAGGAACCAAUUCAUCAUGGACGAGGUCAACUAAUACCAACAGCACGUCGUGUGGCAUAUUCUUCAUUCUUACUUGCAACACCUAGGUUAAUGGAACCGUAUUGCUUUGUAGAAGUAAUUGCACCUGCUGAUUGCGUGUCAGCCGUUUAUACUGUUCUCGGCAGAAGAAGAGGGCAUGUAACUCUCGACGCUCCCGUUCCCGGUUCGCCAUUGUAUACAUUGAAAGCAUUCAUACCUGCUAUCGAUUCAUUCGGUUUUGAAACCGAUCUUCGAACUCAUACGCAAGGACAAGCAUUUUGUAUGUCGGUGUUUCAUCAUUGGCAGAUUGUGCCAGGUGAUCCGCUUGAUAAAAGUAUCGUUAUUCGUCCACUUGAACCACAACCUGUAAAUCAUUUAGCUCGCGAGUUUAUGAUCAAAACACGUCGUAGAAAGGGAUUAAGCGAAGAUGUUAGUAUUAACAAAUUCUUUGAUGAUCCGAUGUUGUUAGAAUUGGCAAGACAAGAUGUUAUGUUGAAUUAUCCAAUGUAA